AUGGACUCCUGGUGUAUCACUGACGAAGACAUGGCAGAGGUCAAGAAGGAAGCGUUGGAGCGUCUCCGUCCGUACCUCUGUGAGAAGCUAGUGGCCGACCGCCACCUGGACUACCUCCGGUCCAGGAGGGUCCUUACGCGGGACGACGCCGAGGACAUCUGCUGCCGGGUGGGGAACAGCAAGAAGACAGGUAGGAUGCUGGACUACUUAGCCGAGAACCCCAUGGGCCUCAACUACCUUGUGGAGUCCAUCCGCCGAGUGAGGACCAAGGACUUUGUCAUUGGGAAGAUCACCAGCGAAGUCGAGGCAGUGAAGGCGGAGAGGAGAGAGGCGGCCAUCUUGUUAGCAGCAGGUAGUUCUUCGCCUGUCUGUAUAUGCAAAGAGAGAACUCCCUUUGUGUCAUUUCAGAGUGACAGUACUGGAUACAAAGGCAGUAGUGAAGCACAGUCCGUCCAAACCUCUCUGUCCAACUCUGAAGACAAGUGGAGUCAAAACGAAGCAUCCUUUUCCUGGAGUGCCCUUCCUGAAGAGGUUAGUGUGUCUUCUUUAGCCAGUCUCCCAAAACCAGGAGAGCAGGGCGCCCCUUCAGUGCCCCUUGAGGACUCAGAGCCUGGGACCUUAGAGUCCGUGAGCAGUGACCAGUUUCACACCCUGUGUUCCUUUUCAACCCCCUUUCUGUGAUGUAAUACAGAAUGCCUGGAUGUCUGGAUUCAAACACAGGUUGGAUUAUAUGGGGACUAUAACGAAAGGGUUAGGUUUUAUUGUGUCAUAACUGUACAUGUUAUCGAAUUUUAUUUUCCGUAUCAUAAAAGCCUACAGUGAAUCCACGAGACGUGGUUUCUAACACGUUUGUUCUAUCAAUAAAAAAAAAAGACUAAACUUUAUUUUGUUAUUCAAAUGAAAAACCUCCUGUACUUCUCAAUCAGGAAAAAAACGGAACUAUUAGAAAAUGGAUGUGUGCCAGAAAGUUGUACUGCUACAGUAUCAGGAAAUUGAGCAGGGCAGAGCUUCCUGUUUCUUUGAGGAACAGUCUCACUUCAUGUCCCUAUUUGAA